AGGCGGAGGAAGUUACCUGUGCCACGGCUGGACCACGCUGGAUGCCUGCCCACGAUGCAGGGCUCACACAAUGGUCACUAGGUGGCCCAACAGCAGAAAGGAGAUUCUGUCAGGCGCGUCCCGGUGACCUAAUGAGCCCGCUGUGAGCCGCCGGACCCGCUAGGAUGUUACACCACCACUGUCGCCGCAACCCCGAGCUGCAGGAGGAGCUGCAGAUCCAAGCGGCCGUGGCGGCGGGGGACGUGCUCACGGUUCGGAAAAUGCUGGAACAGGGCUACUCGCCCAACGGCCGCGACGCCAACGGCUGGACGCUGCUGCACUUCUCGGCUGCCCGAGGCAAGGAGAGGUGCGUCCGCGUGUUCCUGGAGCAUGGAGCCGACCCCACCGUGAAGGACUUGAUCGGCGGCUUCACAGCCCUGCACUACGCAGCCAUGCACGGCCGGGCCCGCAUCGCGCGCCUCAUGCUGGAGUCGGAGCACCGCGGCGACAUCAUCAACGCCAAGAGCAACGACGGCUGGACGCCGCUGCACGUGGCCGCCCACUACGGCCGCGACUCGUUCGUGCGCCUGCUGCUGGAGUUCAAGGCGGCCGUGGACCCGCUGAGCGACAAGGGCACCACGCCGCUGCAGCUGGCCAUCAUCCGCGAGCGCUCCAGCUGCGUGCGCAUCCUGCUGGACCACAGCGCCAACAUCGACAUCCAGAACGGCUUCCUGCUGCGCUACGCCGUCAUCAAGAGCAACCACGCCUACUGCCGCAUGUUUCUGCAGCGCGGUGCCGACACCAACCUGGGUCGCCUGGAGGACGGCCAGACGCCGCUGCACCUCUCGGCGCUGCGGGACGACGUGCUGUGCGCCCGCAUGCUCUACAGCUACGGCGCCGACACGAACACCAGGAACUUCGAGGGGCAGACGCCCCUGGCCGUGGCCAUGAGCAUCUCAGGGGGGAGUCGGCCCUGCUUGGAUUUCUUGCAGGAGGUCACAAGACAGCCCAGAAACUUGCAGGACCUUUGCCGAAUUAAAAUUCGACAGUGUAUAGGCCUUCAGAACCUCAAGCUGCUUGACGAACUGCCCAUUGCCAAGGUCAUGAAAGACUAUUUAAAACACAAAUUCGAUGAUAUCUGAUCUCCACGGAGCUGGAAGCCAGAUCAGGAGUUGAUUCCAGAUACUGAAAAGGCUUCCGCCUUGCACAAAGUAUAGCCUAUGCAAUUUCUGAUUGCUCUGAAGUCAGAAAGCAGGUUGAUCGGUUGGUUUUUGUUUUGGGGUUUUUUUUUGUUGUUGUUGUUUUUGUUUUGUUUUGGUCUCCUCUCUGGUUGCUUUUCAUUGUAGGGGAGGGAGGGUUAUUUUGUUUUGUUUUGUUUUUUUAAUAUAUAAACACACCACAUGCUUGAAGGUCUUAAUUUGGUUUCUUGGUCCAAGUUCAAGAGGUCCAAGCUUUCUGACAAUAUUGCAUUUGCAGCAAAUAAUGGUCCAUUCCCCCCCCCCAACCCUUCCCCAAAACAAACAAAAAUGACAGGAGCAGGUUUGGAGUGGGAAAUAUCCCCCGUUCAAAAGCCCGGCUGCAGCACCGGAACCAGCCACCAGGCCACUCAGCAGAACUUACACAGGUCCAGUUUCACCUAGACUGGAGGGAAUGGCAGGGAGGGGUGCUGGGCUCCCCAGAAAGUGCCCUGGCCUGGUGUCGUCACCUCAGUGGCUGUUGCAGGCUGCUUUCUCCCUCCUGAGGGUGGCUGGGGGGAUACCAUACCGCCCCUGCUCUCCUGUUGUUGUGCCCUCAUUGCUAACUUAUUUUGGUUUCUGUUUUACUUAUUUUUGUAUCGAUAACUGUCAUACACUACCCAGAUUCAUGGGGGUCCCUUUUUCCAUCCCUAUUUUAUUUGUGCUUUAAAAAAAGAGUAAAUAACAAUAAUAAUAAUGGGAAAGGGAAUUUGAGAAAGCCAGUGGUACCUUCCGGUUUGGAAAACAAUGUCUCCAGUGCAAUAUCGUUCCCGGUGUGUCCUCAGGAUUU